UUUCACCUCCUUUUGAAGAAUCUGGGAUUUUCAGAAGCUUCCAGACAUAGCAUGCAAGAUGAUGUUACAGAAAAGUGCAACCUCUUUUGGGCCCGUGGAAGCCACCGAUGACGCCUUUUGGGACCAGUUCUGGGCGGACACGGCCACCUCGGUGCAGGAUGUCUUUGCGCUGGUGCCGGCGGCGGAGAUCCGGGCCGUGCGGGAGGAGUCGCCCUCCAACCUGGCCACUCUGUGCUACAAGGCUGUGGAGAAGCUGGUGCAGGGAGCCGAGAGCGGCUGCCAUUCGGAGAAGGAGAAGCAGAUUGUCCUGAACUGCAGCCGGCUUCUCACGCGCGUGCUGCCCUACAUCUUUGAGGACCCGGACUGGAGGGGCUUCUUCUGGUCCACGGUGCCCGGGGCAGGGCGAGGAGAGGGAGAAGACGAUGACGAGAAUGCCCGGCCCCUGGCCGAGUCCCUGCUCCUGGCCAUUGCUGACUUGCUCUUCUGCCCAGAUUUUACCGUCCAGAGCCACCGGAGGAGCACUGUGGACUUGGCGGAGGACAUGCACUCCCUGGACAGCUGUGAAUACAUCUGGGAGGCGGGCGUGGGCUUCGCUCACUCGCCCCAGCCCAACUACAUCCACGACAUGAACCGGACUGAGCUGCUGAAGCUGCUGCUGACGUGCUUCUCUGAGGCCAUGUACCUGCCUCCAGCUCCAGACAGUGGCAGCACCAACCCGUGGGUGCAGUUCUUCUGUUCCACGGAGAACAGACACGCCCUGCCCCUCUUCACCUCCCUGCUCAACACCGUGUGUGCCUAUGACCCUGUGGGCUACGGGAUCCCCUACAACCACCUGCUCUUCUCCGACUACCGGGAGCCCCUGGUGGAGGAGGCCGCCCAGGUGCUCAUCGUCACCUUGGACCACGACAGCGCCUCCAGUGCCAGCCCCACCGUGGACGGCACCACCACCGGCACGGCCAUGGACGACGUCGACCCUCCAGGGCCCGAGAACCUGUUUGUGAACUACCUGUCCCGCAUCCAUCGCGAGGAGGACUUCCAGUUCAUCCUCAAGGGCAUAGCCCGGCUGCUGUCCAACCCCCUGCUCCAGACCUACCUGCCCAACUCCACCAAGAAGAUCCAGUUCCACCAGGAGCUGCUGGUCCUCUUCUGGAAGCUCUGCGACUUCAACAAGAAAUUCCUCUUCUUUGUGCUGAAGAGCAGCGAUGUGCUGGACAUCCUGGUCCCCAUCCUCUACUUCCUCAACGAUGCCCGAGCAGAUCAGUCUCGGGUGGGCCUGAUGCACAUUGGCGUCUUCAUCUUGCUGCUUCUGAGCGGGGAGCGGAACUUCGGGGUGCGGCUGAAUAAGCCCUACUCAGUGCGCGUGCCCAUGGACAUUCCGGUCUUCACGGGGACCCAUGCUGACCUGCUCAUUGUGGUAUUCCAUAAGAUCAUCACCAGUGGGCACCAGCGGCUGCAGCCCCUCUUCGAUUGCCUGCUCACCAUCGUGGUGAACGUGUCCCCCUACCUCAAGAGCCUGUCCAUGGUGGCGGCCAACAAGCUGCUGCACCUGCUGGAGGCCUUCUCCACCACCUGGUUCCUCUUCUCGGCCGCCCAGAACCACCACCUGGUCUUCUUCCUGCUGGAGGUCUUCAACAACAUCAUCCAGUACCAGUUCGACGGCAACUCCAACCUGGUCUAUGCCAUCAUCCGGAAGCGCAGUGUCUUCCACCAGCUGGCCAACCUGCCCACCGACCCGCCCGCCAUCCACAAGGCCCUGCAGCGGCGCCGGAAAUGCUGCUGGGAGGGCGCUGGGCAGGGGUCCUCACGCCCACCUGGCCCCCCAGGCAUUGACAAGCUGACGGAGAAGUCCCAGGUGUCCGAGGAUGGCACCUUGCGGUCCCUGGAGCCUGCACCCCCCCAGAGCUCUGCGGACAGCAGUCCAGCUGAGGAGGAGCCCAGCCAGUCGUGGCGGGAGCAGCGGCGAUUGUCCAGCGCAUCAGCCAGUGGGCAGUGGAGCCCCACGUCGGAGUGGGUCCUCUCCUGGAAGGCGAAGCUGCCGCUGCAGACCAUCAUGCGGCUGCUGCAGGUGCUGGUGCCCCAGGUGGAGAAGAUCUGCAUUGACAAGGGCCUGACGGACGAGUCGGAGAUCCUGCGGUUCCUGCAGCAUGGCACUCUGGUGGGGCUGCUGCCCGUGCCCCACCCCAUCCUCAUCCGGAAGUACCAGGCCAACUCGGGCACGGCCAUGUGGUUCCGCACCUACAUGUGGGGCGUCAUCUACCUGAGGAAUGUGGACCCGCCUGUCUGGUAUGACACCGACGUGAAGCUGUUUGAGAUCCAGCGGGUGUGAGGAUGGAAAUCUACAAGGAACAGGGGCGGGGAGAGGGUGGGGGGCCCCGGUCCUCCCAUCCUCCUCCCCACACCUCCACCCGCUGACCGUUCUGAGCUUUAACUUACUAUGAUCAGGGCUGGGGCUGGCAGAGUCACCGAGCCCUGGGUGGCAGCUCCCGGAGGCCCCUUAUGGCUGGGAUGCUGGGGAUCGGCUCUGACCUUCCCUGAACCCCGCCCCCCGCCCACUCCUGGAGCAUCCUGUCUCCCUGGCCAGAGCCCCACCUCCCUCUGCUCCCCUUCAAGGCCUGUCUCUAAGCUGACCCUCGGUGCCCGCCCAGCUCCCUGCCGCUCACUGAGGACUCCUGUGCCCUCUGCGUUGCCUAAAAGGGAGCCGUGGGCUGUUUCUUGGGCCCCCUGGGCAGUGAGGGGGCCUUACCUCCUACCGGAAGCCACCUGUGCGGCCUGGCUCGCUGCCAGGGCCUGAGGGAGGAGGGUGUGUGGCCUGGGGGCUUGAGGAGGCUGGGGGCUGGCUGGCUGGCUGCAAAAGCCAGGCUGGGGGACCCCAUGCAUUUUAGGGGUUUGGCAUGGGGUGUCGAGGGUAUCCUGCUAUAUUCUUCCUGGUCAGUGGAUACAGCCUGGCCCCAUCUUAUAUCCAGUAACGGGGGCAAAGGGAAUGAGGAGGGGGCAGCUGUUCAGUCCUCCCCUCCCCCACCCACUGCAUGGAGGACCUGUGGGGGGGCAGGACACCACCCCUCCAGCCUCCCCUCCGGCCUCCAGGCUCUGGCCUCUGGCCUUCCUCACCCCUCCUGUGUCAGUACAAUCUCUGCUGUGUACAAUCGGCCACUUUACACAAUAAACCGCUGUCCACACCCUGGC